GUAUGGUGUACUGUGUAUAUGGCUUGUACACUCUCCACACACAAGAAUGAACACAAGGCUGCGUGCUGCUUAACCCUUAACCCUGGAAGUAGAUCUGAAAUCUACCGUUAUCUUCCUCUUCUGAUAGAAAAGAGAGAUUACAGAGAGAGAAACCCAUAAAGAGAAAGGGAAAGGGAAAGAGAAAGACACUCAGAGAGAGAGAGAGAGAAAAGAGAGUGAGUGUGUGUGUGUGUGUGUUACUGGUAAUACCUUUACCAAGCCCGCUUGUUAUAUUUCAAACCCUACUGAUUCCCAGCCAGAGAGAGAGUGGGAGUGAGAGAGAGAGAGGGGCCUCCACUUUGUUCUGCUUCGCUUCUCUGUUAGAAGUAGAAACCCAAAACCGCAAACCCCAGGAAAAAAGAAAUGGAUCCUUUUGAAGCCACAAACAUAGUGUUGUCAAAGAUAAAAUUUUUGGAGCCAGAGAAUGCCUCAAAAAUCAUGGGUUACCUUCUCAUACAAGACCUUGGGGAGAACGACUUGAUACGCCUGGCCUUUGGGUCGGAGGCGUAUCUGCGCGCUCUCAUCGCCAAAGCCAAAACCCACUUGGGACUUCCCUCAAGCAUAUCGUCCACACCCUCCGCGCCUUCCUCUCCUUCGCCUCUUAACCCCAUAGCUAGACCAACCAACGCCAACCCAUUUUCCCACUCCUCCCCGAGACUACCAAACGGCUUUGACUUUUCGAAGAACCAAUCUUCUCCUCCCGUAAAUUCUUGGCCACUUUCUGGGUUCCCGAGCAACCCCAUUAGCCCAAAAUCAAGCCCUUUGCUCUCCUACGAUAAUAUUCGGGCCGGCGCCCUUCCUUUACGUUCGUUCCCACAGCACAAGAAUGGUUUUGAGAGUGGUAGUAGCACUAGCACUGACCUCCUGGACGAGCACCAACUCAACGAGUACCUCUCUUUCCUCAACGACUCGUCGUCUUCAUCCAAAAACGAAGAUUUUAUCGCUCCAAUGCUCGAAUUGGGUCAUGGAGUACACAAUUGGGCACAUUCUGGCAACAAUGGGGACUCCCAUUUUCACAGAAGGAGCUAUUCGGAGAACGACGUGUGUUUCGGGUCAGAAGAGCCCGGUUUGGGAACUGGGUACAAGCCCUGCCUUUACUUUGCCAGAGGGUUUUGCAAGAAUGGCAGCAGUUGCAAGUUUGUCCACGGUGGGUUUGCUGAUUCGGUGGAUGGUCCUCAUGGUCCCAUUGUGGGUUCCCCGAGUAAGUUUGAAGAGUUUGAACUGCACGAGGAAAUGAUGAGAUUGAAGGCUGCACAGCAGCAAAGAUUGGCUGCGCAGCAGCUCAUGGCUGGACCGUCACCGUCAGCGUACAACAAGUACAUGAAUUUUCUCUUGCAGCAGCAAAAUGACCCCCAAAGAGCGGCAGCGGCGGCAGCAGCAUUCAUGAUGGGGGAGGAUUUGUACAAGUUUGGCCGGUGCCGACCGGAAAGGAAUGACUUUUUGGCUAUGGCAUCGGCAGAAAAGGCGAACUCCGCUUCGAGGCAGAUCUACUUGACCUUUCCAGCUGACAGUACUUUUAAAGAUGAAGACGUUUCCGAGUACUUCAGCAAUUUUGGACCAGUCCAAGAUGUGAGGAUUCCUUACCAGCAGAAGCGAAUGUUUGGAUUUGUUACAUUUGUAUACCCUGAAACUGUGAAGCUCAUUUUGGCCAAAGGGAAUCCUCAUUUUAUUUGUGAUUCCCGUGUACUUGUCAAGCCCUACAAGGAGAAGGGAAAAGUUCCGGAUAAGAGGCAACAACAUCAACAACAGCAACUAGAGAGGGGAGAGUUUUCACCUUCUUUGAGCCCUUCUGGGCUUGACUCUAGAGAACCCUAUGACCUCAACCUUGGAGCAAGAAUGUUCUAUAAUACACAAGAGAUGUUAUUGAGGAAAAAAUUAGAGGACCAGGCUGAACUGCAGCAAGCCAUUGAACUCCAAGGAAGAAGACUGAUGAAUCUGCAACUUCCAGACUUGGAUGAACGUAUACACCAUCACCAGCGCAGUCUGUCUGUUGGUUCUCAUGCUCCCUUAACGCCUCUGCCUUGUGCUCACAUCAAUCAAAAUGUUAUCCUUCCAUCUGAUAGCAUCAGUGAAGAAGUUGCUGAUGGUCAGCUAUAUGAUGGUCACAGUGGCAAUCCUGCUGUAGCUGCUGAGCAUCUGCUUCAGCAGGAAGUGAAUCCAGCUUGUAUUCACAACAAUGGCAGUGUCAACAGCAAAGAGGAGAGCUUCCAUGUUGAAGAGUUUGAUCUCCCGAAAAGUGUAGAGCAGGUCCUUCCUGAUAGCCUUUUGCCUUCUCCUACAAAAUCAGCUGGAGAUAAUCUCUCUGGUUUCUCUGCUGCGAUGAUUGAGGUUAAUGAGAACUCUGCAUUCUCAAUUUCUCAAUCUUCUGGUGAAAUUACCUUAUCACUGCCCAGCACUUUUGUCAGUGACAAAGCUUCACUAUAAUUUCUAAAUGCCAAGGUGCUUCUCACAAAAAAUUCCUUCGUCUCCUGCUAUAGCCAUAAGACUGUAGGGUAGUUGAUUCAAGUUGAGAUUUAUAUUUUCUUCCUUGGGUUUUAUAUUGGCAUGAAGCUUUUUGCAAUGCAGGUUCUGUAAUAAGGGUGAGCAUGGCAGCAGGGAUUGACUUCGCUAGGAAAAAAGUAGAGAAGCGUAUAAGGGAAGGAAAAAUCCUCAAAAUGUAUAGGAGAAUUAUACCUACUUCAAAGAGUAGAUCCAUAGAGAAGAUCUCAACGAGGUCAUCAUCGUCGUCGGCAAUACAUACUACUAACAGAAAAUACAUAUUCUCAUACAUUAGGACAGAUGAAUUACUUGUGAGUAGAUUAGGGUGUUUCGCUUUUCUACUUUUAUACACUCCCUGUAGGUGUGUUUCUGGACCACAGACUAGAGCAGAACAAAGGAUAUGUAAUUUCUAUUACAGUGCCAUCUACACCUUUUCCUUCUUUUUGCCA